CAACAAUGGCGCGUACAGAAACCACAGUCUCGAGGGAGCGUGUGACGGUGGUUCGCCGCUACCCUUGGCCUGAAAACCUACUCAACUGGUGGACCAUUGUCAUGCUCGCAACCGGCGGUUUGAUCACCGGAGUCUUUGGCGACUUCAUGACUAUACAGAACAGAAUGGGUUUGGGCACGCCUUGCACACUAGAAAGGAAGUCUUUGAGGGNNUUGUUUCCUUAUGCCGUUACUGUCGGUUCUCUUACUCUUUUCUUCGUUAUCCUCAUGAUCAUCUUGCUCGCACAGAAGAAACUCCAACCCGCGUGGGUGAUGCUGGGGACUUUUAUCCUUAUCGCUCUGUUCCUGGCCGGUCUCAUCGAAACAGCAAUUCAGCUUUUCGGAAAUAGGCUAUCCAGGNGCAAUGUAUCCACCUACUGCAACCGCUACGUCAACAACAACAACAUCCGCGGCGUCUCCAUCGAUACUCUGGCCUGGCUGGAGCAAAACUCCAUCUGUUCGCAGUGGGACGCGGCAUUUGCUUUCUGGAUUAUCGGAUUGGUGUUUNUGAUCUGGAUGAUGGUUAUGGCUGCUCAGGUGAAUAACAAGCGUGGUUUUUAUGAU